UAGAGAUCAGACAUGAGCGGCAGCUCAACGAGAUCCUAAAGACGACAGGGAGCAUCACCUUAUAUAGAACCAUAGGAGUUGGGCAUUGGUGUCCUAUGUACAUAAGCCCCAUACAGAAUGCACCUACAGAACACAGAAUAUGGGGUUUUCAAGAAUCUGGAUAUUUGUGGAUUAUUUGAUGUUUAUUUUUACUGCAUCUCAACUCUGGAUCAAUGCCAAUAGUCAAACGCCUCCUGGAUACGCAAUCGAUGUAUUAUCACCUAUAAGUGUACAGAGAGGUCUAUGCGUUCACAUUCCCUGCACAUUUACUGUGCCCACAAAAAUACGGCUAACCACGCGAGCCAAUGGAUUCUGGUAUAGGCUGAACAGUCAAAGAAAACUCACUCUGGUCGCUUCUCGAGAAAAUGGCAGAUCUUACACAAAUGGACGCGUCCACCUGAUCGGAAAUGUGACCCGAGGAGACUGUUCAUACUACAUAGAAGAACCACUGAGACAAGACCAGAGUUACUAUGUUUUUAGAAUGGAGGAUAUUCAAACAAAGCUCACCUAUAUGAACAUCUUUCCUUAUGUGGUUGUAAGAGAGCUUACAGAAAAACCUAAAAUCUCUUCUCCGAGGCUGCUGGAUGGAAAGGAGGUGACAUUGACCUGCACAAGUCCUGGUAAAUGCCGGAAUAUUCUAUCUCGUAUUUCAUGGGAAGGAACCCCGACUGGUGUAAGGCAGAAUAUCUAUAAUAUAACCUACCAAGAUGGCAGCAGAACCUUCCAUUCCAAUAUCACAUUCACACCGAGGAAAUCGCACAACAAGUCUCCGUUGUUCUGUAGAGUCACCCUCGAAGAGAACCUGACAAUAAGGGAGAAGCAAACUCUAAAUGUUGAAUAUUCUCCAUCUAUGGAUUUAAUAAUAGAAGGUGCCGAUACCAAUGAUCCCAGCCAUGUGAUGGUGAAGGACGGGGAUUCUAUCACUCUGAAGUGUGUUGUAGACAGUAACCCGAACUCUUCCGUCUCUCUGUAUAAAGACGACUUGGUAAUUUACCAGAAUAUAAGAAAUCAGACCGUCACCCUUAACCUCAUGAACAUUACCCUGAGUGAUACUGGGAGAUUUCAGUGCUCAGCAGUAAAUGAACACGGGGUCACAGAGCGAACAAUGGACAUCAUAUACCAUAGCUCAACGUUACGAUUUAGCCCCGUGAUGGCGGCUGCAGUGGGUGGAGUCGUUUUUUUAGGGCUAAUAAUAAUAAUAAUAAUAGGAGGUCUACUGAUCAUGUUCUGCAGGAAAAAAAGGCAACAAAAUAUUAAAGGGAACCUGAAAGACAUGAAUAUAAAUAAUACAGAUACUAUAUACGCCUAUGCAGAGUUUACUGGAGCUGAUAAUCAUCCCCAACAAGACCUUCUGUUUCCUGCAGUAGAGGAUCCGGUGUAUACAGAUCCUGAUGCGGUGCAGUAUUCUACCAUUGGGUUCUCCAACCCUAACUCUAAGGUCAUCCAUGAAGACGUGCAGACCGAAUACUCCGAAACAAAGAAAACCCAAUAUCACUGAAAUAGGAGACUUACUGAGGGGGCAUAAAAAACCUUUUGGUUUCUGGCUUGUACCCCCCACCACAGUAUGUUCCGCCUGACAUUUCCCAUUUGGUGCACCAACCAAUUAACCAAUUGUA